AUGCAACUCUCAGUCGGAGACGUCUUUAAAUCAAAGAACGAAGCGCAGAAUGCCAUAAGAAUGUAUGCAAUAGACAACAGCUUCAACUUUGAGACGACAGAUAGUACCCCGAAAAAGUACACAAUUCAGUGCAAGGAAAGAAGAACCCACGGAUGCGAAGCCGUCAUAACUGCAGCUCUCCGGAAGAAAGAUAACAUGUUCGUGAUAAAGAAGCUGAAAAACAUCCACAAUUGCCCCCAGCAGUCCACAGUAAACCUGCAAUCUUCAAGCAGAUACAUCGCAGACGAGAUCCGAGAGAUGCAGGACAUACAGGAGACAAGAAUAGGCCAGAUCAUCAACAGAAUAUCGACGAGAAGAGGCAUAAAAAUAGGAUACUACGCCGCCUGGAAGGCUAAAAAGAACGUUCUCAACGACGAAAUAGACGAAGAACUCGCCCAGGAGGAGUGCCUUCUCUCCGUCGUAGAUGAAAAUAAACACAUAAACCCAGACGACACAGCUGUGCUUAUGAACAUGAAGAGCGAAAUAAAAAAGUGGAGAAAUAAGAAGCCCGUAGAAGAGACAGGAUGCAUCAGGAAAGUGAUUCGAGCAGUUGGACCCCUCGACACAGCAGGAGACAGACUCGAUACACUUUUCUACGUUAAUAACCUCUCCACGCACGUAUAUAAGUACAGCCGGCAGGUAGUGGAGUUGGUCGCAUACGAGAGAUAUAAUGAGCUCAGAGAACACGCAGGAUACGCAUAUUUAGCCACAGGAUACGAUGCUUUCGAUACUCCCUACGUUAUAAGCAUGUGCUACGUCCCAGAGUACUGCCCAAAGAAGGAGGGAUGGAUCGUAUUCGUCAGAGAAGUCCUGAAGUUCAUCGAGGCAGGAGUCCUCCUCAUAAACUGGGAGGGAUGCCACGCAACAAUCCAGGAGAUUGAAGGACUCAUCAGAGAGAAGAACGGAGAACAGAUAAAAGUCUCACCCUUCGAUGAAAUUGCAUGGAGUGGACACUUUGACAUCGAAGAGGCAAUCAGGAGAGGAGCAGUAGAAGCCCCGGGAGAAGGACAGAAGGCAGGCGUUCGACUCUUCCUGAGGAGCAGAUCUCUUUGCAGGGAAGUCUUUGCAACACAUCCUUCCCCGAGUGCGAUAGGUCUCGUUUGGUCGCUUUGUAAUAGCCCAGACCUCGCAACUUUUCAGGUUUACUAUAAGAAGGUGAAGGCCCUGAACGUACCCUCCCUUCUUUCCCUCCUCUCCUCACUCCCAACCCACCUUUGGGCGAAGUACCUCUGCAUCUUCCCAACGUAUAAUAAGAAUAACGCAAUUCCCCAGGAGAUAGACGGAGUUUUCAGUAUGCUCACACUCUCCCCGAUAGAUGCACUCUGCAUGGUUAUUAAGAUCAUCACAGAUAACGCCCUCAGGAAGAAGGAGGUCGUGGCACACGCAGAACUCAGCCUGAAGAAGCUCACGGAUAGAGCUAGGUUUGGAGAUAACGUAAACAGAGCAAUCGACAUAAAUAUGGCGAAGGCCCAGGAGUACGAAGUAGACGUCGGAAGAUCCCCAGGAGAACUCUGCAGAAGCUCGUGGAUAGACCCAAGGAAGCUCAGCGAUGAGGAGGAGUACAGGCAGGGAAUUGUCAACGCAGGAAACCUGAAAUUCUACGUGGAUCUGCGCCUGAGAGUCUGCUCCUGCAUGAAGUUCCAGGAGAUGAACUAUCCGUGCUCACACGCUUGCGCCCUUAUCACGAAGGGAGGAGGAUGUGCGAAUGCGUACGUAGAUGAAAUUUACUCCGUGGAUGCGCUUAUGCUCAUGUAUAAGCCGUAUACGACGAGAUGCAUCGUAUCAGAGCCUAUUCGCGGGACGGAGGAGAGGCGGAGGAGUUCGCCCCCUGCACGGUGCACUGCGAGGAAGGGCCUGGGAGAGGCAGAGGACUUCGCAGAGGGAGAUCACAAGGAGAAUAUGGUGAGAUAG